AUGGCCAAUCUUGUCCCCAGCGCGGCGUACUACGGCCGGAAGACACUGCCCCCCUUGAUCCCAUCACACACGCUACCCGACAUUCACCAAGACACCAUCAUUAUCGGUGUAUGUGGUGUCCAGGCCAACCAUCAGUGUCUAGAGGAAGACUGCGAUAGCUGGUUCAUGAUCAUCCGCAACACGAACCUGGAUUUCUUCAUGGAAACCCCUGCAAUGAACGCAAAGUGGUGUUUAGCAAAGGCUUGGUUAAGCAAGGAAUCUCACUCCACUGACGGUAUGCAUGUUACCUGCAAAGGACCUCAUUCUCUUGUGCCUAACUCGCAGCAGGUCCAUGCCCCCGAAAACAUCUGCAAAGGAUUCAUCGACGUGCUCCAAUCCGCAAGCCAGCUUGCUCAGGAAUCAACGCCGCCCUGCCCCAUAGUAGCCUUUGUCUUCGGCCACGGCACUCCUGAUCUAGGCAUCUAUUUGGACUACUCAAGGGAAUUCAAUGACGAUACAGCUAUUGUGCGAUUUGACGCCAUCAAGUCCGCUGUUGCUGACGAUGUACCGAUAGCAAUCGUUACAACCGCCUGCUUCUCCGGGGGGUGGACAAUCCAGCCACUGAAUAACAGGACACUGCUCACUGCAGCCGGCGCCUAUACUGAAGACGACAAGAUGGAUACUUAUAUGAGCCGAUCGUGGCCUGUCUCGGACAGUAUUGGUCGAGCAGGUGGCUCCAUUUUCGGCACCACUAUCAUUCAAUCUUUCACUGCAGCAUCUAGCCCUCUUCUGGAAGAUAAUGUACAGCUCUCCAUCGGCCGAGCAGCCACUAUGUCAAUGCAGCCGAGCCAACCGGCCGACAUCCAAACAAACACUUGUCAUUCAUCCUGCAAUGCUAUCUUGUCCACACUGCAAGAGGAAGUUACUCGAUUCCCACAGGAGCACGAAUUCCGUUUCAGUGCCCAAGAUGACGAGUGGGCUCGAUGCUGGAUGGGAAGGACAGCCCCCACGAGCCCUUCAUCGCGUCUCCUAAUGGCCCAUCAUCUGGCAAUCAGAGUUCAGCUGGAGGGAUCAUGCCCAGUUACGAAUCUCAACCUUUUGGACUGCACAGGGGGAUGCCAGCGACGGGACGAGUGCGUCGUUCUCUUCGAAUGA